GGGGUUACUCCAUGCUCCUGUUAACCCUGGGCUCAGUUGGGAUUUCCAGUCAUUAGCCCCGGCCACAGCUUCAUGUCAUGGAGAUUUAUGUGUCCCUUUCGCUGGAGCUUGGGAACCUGACCUGCCCCAGGAACUUUAUGAAGUCUGGCUUCACCGGCUCUUAGGACACCAGAGCAGAAGAACUUGGAAAGAGAAUUAAAAAAAAAAAAAAAUCAUCAUGAUCCUUGAGUGUUUCUGAGAUGAACUCCUUCUAAUACAACUGGCAACUCUGUCUCAGAGAUGGAGGACAGACAGACUCCUCGCCCUUCAGAGGAGGUAUUUACCCCGCAGGAGAGAACGGGAGUGAUCCGAGCCUUUGCGCUGGUUCCCCCCGGGUUUUCUCAGAGUUCCUGGGUUGGGGGGAAUUCGGGUUGUGCAUGAGCUCUGGACCCAGAUCUGCUGCAGCUCCAAGACUCCGCUUCUAGACCCUCACUUCUCUGCUUUCAAAAGCAUCUGUGAAACCAGGCCCCAUUCCUUUCUCUGUAGUCACUAGAUUCCUUUUUUGGGGUUGGCAGUGGUGCCGUAGCCCCAGGACCUGUGAGGGCAUGUGAGUGGCGGUGGGGCUGAGAUUUGCUCUGGGGGGUUCUGAGUGUGCCAGCACAGGGUGUUCUGCUAGUCUCCCUCCCCUCCCUUCCCAGUUCCUCCGCCCGCUCGCUCCCACAGACUCUGGGAACCCUGAGGUGGAAGAGAGCUCUUACCCAGGGGAAGAGGAGCCAUCAGAUCGCCCCAGCUGCCUACACUUUGUUCUCAGCUUCCCUUCCUCAUCCCUCCAGCCACUCCCAGGGUCUGAAGCACCAGCCCGAUCUGAAACACCCCUCCCACUUUGAAGGAGGCUGGGCUGGCCAGGGGGUUAUUUUGGGAGCAGCUUCUGAGAUCCAAUGGCCUUGUUAGGGCAACACUGACCUUUCUGUCCCGGGAGGAGGGCAGGAUUGGACAGGGGCGGGGCAGCCUGGAGGAGAUCGACAGCCCCGCACACCCCACACCCACGGGUGGAGGAGAAGGGGCCAGCGGGCUGCAGGAAUUCAGCCUGGGGGCUGGGACGGUCACCGAGGGGAAUUUCCCUCUUUGAGACGGACUGGGGACCCCGCCACCCCACCCUUUCGCUGUGCUUCUUAAAGGGAUCACAGCGUUUUUCCUUUGACUCCAUGGAAGCCAGACUCGGGAUGCUCUGUGGAGGCUUUGAAUCUCUCCUUCCUGCUUCCUUCCCAACUGGCAGCCUUCCUCUGGCUGACUGAGAGGGGCCUCCCAGGCAUGGCACUGACCAGCCCACCCAGUGCUGACUUGGCUCCUGGGCUCACUCAGCCUCUGGUGGCAUCUUGCUUUCCCCCUGCUGGGGUGCGGCGGUGGUGAGUGGGGGGCCCGGCCCUGAGCAAGCAGGGAGCGUGCCGCUGGCACCCCCAUCGCCCUCGACCCCCAAGCUGGAGGACAGUCAGGUUGUCGGGGGCUAUGAUGAGAUGAGUGGGGGCCGCUUUGACUUUGACGAUGGCGGGGCGUACUGUGGAGGCUGGGAGAAUGGAAAGGCCCAUGGGCACGGGCUGUGCACAGGCCCCAAGGGCCAGGGCGAGUACUCGGGCUCCUGGAACUUUGGCUUUGAAGUGGCGGGCGUCUACACCUGGCCCAGCGGCAACACCUUCGAGGGAUACUGGAGCCAGGGCAAACGGCAUGGGCUGGGCAUAGAGACCAAGGGACGCUGGCUCUACAAGGGCGAGUGGACACACGGCUUCAAGGGACGCUAUGGAACCCGGCAGAGCAGCAGCAGUGGAGCCAAGUACGAGGGCACUUGGAACAACGGCCUGCAGGACGGCUACGGCACUGAGACCUAUGCAGACGGAGGGACUUACCAAGGCCAGUUCACCAACGGCAUGCGCCACGGCUACGGCUGCACCACGCUGCCCGACGGCCACCGCGAGGAGGGCAAGUACCGCCACAACGUGCUGGUCAAAGGCACCAAGCGCCGCGUGCUGCCGCUCAAGAGCAACAAGGUUCGCCAGAAGGUGGAGCACAGCAUGGAGGGCGCCCAGCGCGCCGCCGCCAUCGCGCGCCAGAAGGCCGAGAUCGCUGCCUCCAGGACAAGCCAUGCCAAGGCCAAAGCUGAGGCUGCAGAACAGGCCGCCCUGGCUGCCAACCAAGAGUGCAACGUUGCCCGCAGUUUGGCCAGAGAGCUGGCUCCAGACUUCUACCAGCCAGGUCCGGAAUACCAGAAGCGCCGGCUGCUGCAGGAGAUCCUGGAGAACUCGGAGAGCCUGCUGGAGCCCCUGGGCCGGGGGACGCCCGAGCUGGAGCCCAAGCCCAUCGUCCCCAAAGCCGAGCCCAAGGCCAAGGCCCGCAAGACUGAGGCCCGAGGGCUGACCAAGGCUGCGGCCAAGAAGAAGUCUCGGAAGGAGGCGGCGCUGGGGGCAGGGGCCGAGGUGGAAGUGGAGGAGGUCCCCAACACCGUCCUCAUCUGCAUGGUGAUCCUGCUUAACAUCGGCCUGGCUAUCCUCUUCGUUCACCUCCUGACCUGACCCUCGUCUGCCAGAGCCAGGAGUUCCUGCUGAGGACACAGAGACCCACCUUUCUGCAGUGCUGGGCAGGGUGGCCAAGGAGGACUGGACUCUGGACCCGGAGCCCUGGGUCCCAGCUCACACCCACGCUGCAAACAUUUAAGGAGGCCUCCCAUGGCGCCCGUGCUGGGUGACGGAGGUGCCCAGAGGGAUAGAAUGUGCUGGAAACCCUCCUAGAGCUUUGCCCAGGGGCAGGGAAAGCCCUGAUUGCUCCUGUCCCUCAUCCUCAUCCACUCCCUCACCUUGUCCGUAGGUCACCCCCUCCCUGGGCUUUGUGUGUUUUGGGAGAAGUCACCAAACCAGAGUAUUAAUAUGAAAUCCCAGUCCCUUUCUUGCUCCCCCUCUCCUGCUUUAACUUAACCUCUGGCUGCUGGGCUGACAGCUCCCUGGGUGGGCCAGCCGCGAGGGAGACGCUCUCAGAAGGUCGUGACCCAGCACACACUCUGUCCCCUGCUUACAGGUGUUCUGGAUGACAGUAGAGGAAAUGGACAUGCUCGGUUUGAAUAUCCCAGAAUGCAGUGCUCCUGUCUCCUCCCACCUGUCCAGCUAGCUUCCCUUCCGGACCAACGGAAGAGGAGGAGACGGGAGGGACUGGAGCCUUUGGCUAGGAAGCUACCGACCAGGUGGCCAGGGAGUGGGGCUGGGAAGAAGGGCUGGGGAGUUAGGAUGGCCCCUGUAUUUGGGUGUGUCUGAGCCCGAGGCUGGCAUUGCACUUAGAGUUUCAAGUGUGCUCAGGGUGCGGAGGUCACCGUGCCGGAGCCUGGGCUGGCGAGAUAAAGCUGCCGUGAUGCCCGGUGAGUUGGUUUGGCCGCCUCCCCCACCAGGGCCCACAGCAGGCUCAGGGGACAUAGCGCAUGGAAGCUUUUGGAAGCCCAGACAGAUUCCCCUGGGCCAGACAUUCAGGCAGGUGCUGAAGACAGGCUGCUUGUCAGCAAGCGUUUCCCAGGGAGAGGACCGGGUCCAAGGCUCCCACCCGGUGCCUCUGUGUGAUGACGAGCCCCCGGCUUGCGUGGCAGAGAGGUUUGCAUGCAGCUCGUCACAGGUGUUUGGCACCACCUGGGUCUCGGGCCUGUGCUGGCUGCGGUGGGUAGAAGCUGAGGGCUGGCAGAAGCUGCCCCUGGGCGGAAGGAGUGAACGUUCCCGGUCCCUGGCAGGAAGGACGGGACAGUGACGUCCAGGCAGAGCUGAGCGGCUGCUGCUCUCCUUCCCUCUGUUCCUGUGGACCUGGGGGCCGUGGAGUGGUGGCCCGGCCUCCCCAGACUAGCUCUGCGGCCUGAAGUGCCUUCUGAUGGGUGUGCUUUCCCUUCCGCCUCAAUACUUGGGACCUCUGUCCAGCUUCACACUUGCUGUUCAGCCCUGCGGGGGCCUCGCCGCGUGGCUGGGUCAUGGACUGCAUUUCUGCGGAGAGAAGCCUGCAGAUUCGCCAUCCUCCACUGGCCAGGGCCCGUGGCUCUGCCUCUGUGUUUGGGCUUUUCUGGACUCCUGGGGAAUGAGGGGCAGGUUGGGCACUGCUGAGGGCUGCCAGGCUCCAGGCCUGGGCUCUGGGUCGUUGUCCAGGUUUCUUGGUCUGGCCCAGGCUGUCAGCUUCCAGGCCUGGUUUGGGGGCUGGUGUUUGGGGCAAGGGUUCAGAAUGCUGCAAUCUGUGCGAUAAUAAAUCUGCAUCUGCUCACAGGC